GAGAAGUGUAAAAGUGAGGUUUAGAGAAGUUUACGGGGUCUGUUUUACUAAACAUGCUCUUACUUAUUUUGAAGUUUGAACUUUGAACAUCGCUCCAAACGUUAAAUGCGAACGGCACAGAUAAACAAAUAAAUCAAUGUUGUGGUCCUCACACAGCGCAAAAAUGGCGACCGGCUCACGCGCGCGUGUUCACUCGAUGAAAACGCGCCUCGACUAAUUGGACGAAAAAUCUGCGGGAAUAUAGCGAUGAGGAAAAGUCAAGGGAUUUACGUAAUCACGGGCAGCUAACUAAACUCAGUGGGCCCGCGCCACGCUGGUUGUCCGGGCAGCGGGCAGGACUAUACGACGUCGUGGUGUGUAGCCGGCCACGACUUUUGUCUUCUACUUGAGCAUCUGAGCCAAAUCUGCUUCGGACCGAAAGCACACACCACUCUCCGACCAAUAAUGGAGGAGUAAAGGAAGGGAGAGAAGGAUUGCUGAAAAUGAAAUAUUUUUUGAAUUAUUAGAGAGAGAGAAAAAUUGUUGUUUUCCACUUUUUCCCUUUUUCUUAGAGAGAGGUAAUUGUGGAACGAGAAAGACCUAGUAGGAGUGAAGAAUCUCGGAUGAUGGAGCAGAUCGUGAAGAGGAAGAAGAAAGGGAGGCCGCCGAAGGUAGAUCCCGGCACCAGAGAUCUGCCGCCGCCGCAGUCGGAGCGCGACCUCCGGCGAAGCCUCCGCCGCCGGAAUGUAAAGUACGUCUUCGACUUCGACGAUUACUUCGACGAGGAUGAGCUGUUCACCGAUGACGAGGACCAGCUCCGUAGGGAGAAGAAGCUGGAGCACCUACUCAAGGUCCAGACCGGCGGCGAGUCGGAGCCGACCACCCUGCAGAGGAGCCGGCGCGUGGACCACGCGCCCAACGCGUCAGCAUCCUCAUCGGAGGACGACGACAGGCCCUUGAAAAACCGGAAAAUCAAUGGUUACUUGGGCAGGGACGUAGAUGACGAUAACGAUUACAUCAAUGAGGAAGAUAACUACAAUGGCGAAGAAGAAGAGGUUGGGGAAAGAAAGCGGGAUCUGAAAGCAGAGGAGUCACCUCCAGGGACACCAGCCAGGGGACCAUCUGGGCUCCAGCUGCCAGAUAUAAAGGCCUUGGAGUUAAUUUUGGACAAACUUCAAAAGAAGGAUAUUUAUGGUGUUUAUGCAGAACCGGUUGAUCCUGAAGAACUUCCGGAUUACCAUGAUAUAAUAGAAAAUCCAAUGGACUUUGCCACCGUGAGGAAUAAGCUGGGAAAUGGAUCAUAUGCAACCUUCGAACAAUUUGAGAGUGAUGUUUUCCUCAUUUGCUCAAAUGCGAUGCAAUAUAAUGCACCGGAUACUGUAUACUACAAACAUGCACGCAACAUCCAAGAGCUGGCAAAAAGGAAAUUCGAAAAGAUAGGAUUAAAGAUAGAACGCAUGGAGAAAGGGAUCAAACCUGAGCAGAAGUCGAGAUCCAGCUUUAUUUCAAAGAAGCAGAUUAGAAGGUCUGUAGGUCGACCACCGAUGCAAGAACCAGUGGGCUCGGAUUUCUCUUCUGGAGCUACUCUUGCCACUGCUGGCGAUAACCAUAACGUCUCAAAUGCACUUCAAGCACCUGGUAUUGUCGAUGGGCCAGCUGAGUGUAUUUCGUUCGUCAGUGAUAGCAAUUUAGACAAGACGGAAGAAUCAUUGCCAGGAAAUGGUACACCGUCUCGAUUUGGUAGGAAACCCUUUCUGUAUGACGAAAACCGUCGUGCAACGUAUACCAUAUCUCUAUCUGAAGCUGUGGUCAGCCCGAACUCGAUAUUCUCGACUUUUGAUGAAGAAACCAAACAGCUGGUUCCUGUAGGAGUCUAUGCGGAUCAUUCGUACGCAGGAAGCCUGGCCCGUUUUGCGGCAACCCUUGGGCCCGUUGCCUGGACAGUUGCUUCUAAGAGGAUUGAACAGGCUCUUCCCCAAGAGUUGAAGUUCGGACAAGGUUGGGUUGGAGAGUACGAGCCGCUUCCAACUCCCAUAUUAAUGCUCAAAAACCACACCAUAAAGGAGCCUCCUUUUUUUGCCAAAGUACAGCCCAAUGCUCAUUCUCGGAAGUUAGAAAAAUUCCCUUCUAACUUGGUCACCAAAAUCCCAGUCAGCUUGCCUUUGCCAGUAAACAAGCUGCCACCUUUUUACUCCCCAGUGAGCAAAACACCUCCAGCCGUAAUUGCUCGGCCAACUGGAGCGAAUAAUAAUAUUGUAGAGACUAAGUCACAGUUCUUUUUACAAUCAAGGUCUAUCUUUGAAACCGACAAAAAAAAUUUCGCAAAGCACGUUGAGUCGAAUGGCGGUCCUCCAUCAGUACAUAAGAAAUCUACUGACCAUGUCGCGAACAGACAGAUUCCCAGAGGUUUGGAAGCAGAAGCUUCUGGAUCUCCACGAAACAUGAGCUUCCCUCCAAUUGUACCUUUUAAACAGCCAGACACCAACGAGCCUGCUUUCCAGCUAAUGCAACAGCUGUCGGAAAAUUCUCGGCAAAGCCAACCGAAGCCCCCAAACGCGGCCUUAGCUGCUGCCCGUGCAUGGAUGUCCGUGGGGUCUGGUGGUUUCAGGCCAACUCCCGAGAACGUGAACAAGGUACACGCAGACUCGGUUUAUAACACCACUUGGGAAAUGCAGUCACAGGAAUUGAGAUUCCAUGGGAAUAUUUCGAAUAUUUCGCCCGUUUAUGGUUUUGUUGGGCAAGGGCAGAUGCCAGUGAUGGUGGGAAGUAAUCAGAUGUUGCAGUCGUCCACCUGGCGGGGUGUGGGCCCCCAAAUGCAGCUGAUGAUGCAAAAUCAGGAGAAAUAUCCUCCGGAUUUGAAUAUCGGGAUUCAGUCGUCAGGGUCUCCCGGGAGGCCGUCAUCUGGGUUGCUGGUUGAUUCUCAGCAGCCGGAUUUGGCUCUUCAGCUCUGAGACUUGUAUUUUAGAGAGAGAAUAUAUGAAAAUAAAGAAAGAAAAGAAAAGGAGAUAGGAUGUUCUAGAAGGGGAUCGGUUUCCAACUCCAAACCUUGCUAUGGUGAGAUUGGAUGGUGAUUUUAGGUUAUAGUUUUUAGUGUUUAGGCAGAUAAAUAGAGACAGCUGGGUUUUGCAGUGUGGAUGGAUUUGUCAGAAGUGCUUUGUUUCAUGUUAUUUCGAGUGGUGUUUGUAAGAAACUAUGAUGAGUUUUCAGCUUGUGGUAACUAUGAUCCACUCACAGGGCUUAAAUUUUAUUUGCCUGUAAAAUGGUGGGGAGGUGAAAAACCACAGAUUUGUGUCUGAAUUUUCCUUUCCAGAAGCCCUACUAUGAGGUUGCCUUCUGUUGUGCUCAAGUAAUGGAAAAUUCUUAGAGCUUUGUAUUAAUUAGGUGUAACCCAUGACGGGGUUUGUACCGACUAAGAAACAGUAGAGGCUGAGCUUGUAAUCAUCAAUCCAGGUUUAUUUGUAAUAUGUGACUGUUUAUGCAGAUUAGGAUGGUAAUGCUUCCCAGUUUACAGGUACAAUGAAUCUAAUUAGUACUUCUGUCUAGUCAAGCAGAGCGAGAGUUAUACAUAUUGGGACUGCUUUAUUACACG